UGAUAGUAGCGGAUUAUACAAUUGGAGUUUGUACUUUUUGAUUUGUUUUGAUUUCUUCUUGAUUCUACAUUUAUUAUAUCAUACAAGAGAAACCAUGUCAUUGGCCGCUUACAGACACCUCCUGCGCUCUGCGCGCAUCGCCUUCCAAGGCGACGUCCAUGUGCUCUCAGCCGCCCAGAACCAGAUCCGACAGACCUUUCACGAGAACCGCAGUCUCGAGUCCUCCGGCAUCCAGGCCGCAAUCCGGCAUGCCGAGGACGUGGCCACGAUUCUGCGCGAAAACGUGGUGCAGGGACAGAAGAUGGAGAGCAAGGGCGACACCCAUACUUUUAAGCUCCGGAUACACGAACACACCGAGCGAGGCGACAACGACAGCGUAUUAACGGCAGGCAGCGGCAAACAGAGCGGUGGCGGCUGUGGCUGCAAAUGACCAAGGCAAGCCUCGUGUGUAUUAUCAUUGUAUGAAGAAGAGAAAGGAAAGAAAUAUGUAACUAUAGAACCUCGUCAUGAUACCCUCCAAUCCAAUCCUGUCAAACAUAACAUCAGCCAACGCAAUAUAUCGACAUUUCUACCUUGU